GCAUAUUUGUGAGAAAACUUCACACCUUCGAACCCCAAAGUCUUCGCUCUAGAAUGAUGUUUGUGAUCUCCCAUUGUGAUCCUGGUAUACCUACCCCAAGUUUCUAUAGCGAAAGGAGACGGAGUAAGAAGGGAUAAUCGCAAUAAAACUGAUUUCUUUACCCCCGAAUAAUCUAUCGGCUUGAAAGUAUUGGUUCGGACCCAGUAGGUGGAAAAUAACUUGGUUCAAAGGAGACACCAUUCCCUUUUGUCUGGGAGAAUAAUUGUUACGGUUUCUCCCCCCACAGAAGACAUUGUAUCUGUUUGAGCUUCGCUGCCGUGACGAUUUGAAAAGUUCAGAGCCUGUCGAGUGUAUGUGCUUCAGGUUUAAUAAAAGUGGAAGCAUAACUCUAGUGGAUAAUUGCCUGCAUUUAGAAUGAUGAAACGAAAUGAUCUUUGAAAUCACCGCUGAUCUCGAUAGCCAAUCCAGCUGAUGACGAAAUAUCCCUUCAAUGAUCACGGUCAGGAAAAUGAUGAAAGAGCAACCAUGGGUCACCCUCGACGUCAUUGCCUUCAUCGUAUUAACAGUCUUACAAUUGGUCAGUGGCCAGUUCAGCCUCCAGGCUCCAACCAAUCAUGUUGCUCUUUCUGCAAACGUUCGAGUGUCCUUCACCAUGUCAGAAAUAGGACUGUCUUACCCUCCAAACAUCCUACUGAUUGACCUAAGUAACGAUGCACUGAGGAAGAGUAAGUCUGUUCCAUUGUCCCUCACCGGGGAUGUAACAUUCGAGUGUAGCUUCUUUGACAAUGCAGGGACUUUUCAAUUUCGGAUGCAAUCUACAAAGAACACUAGUGAAAUCUUAGCAUAUAGUAACAUUAUGAACGUAGCCUGGCCCGAUGUUGAGAUUAGCGUCCCCACUGAUCUUGUUGCAUCAACAAGAGAGUUCCAGGUAGCAGCUGUAGUGACUUCAAAUCUGUGCCAGAAUAUGAGACAUAACCGCUAUGUCAUGGACAUGCUGUUGGUGUAUCAUGGGAAAAAUCUGGCAUCAAAUGUGCAGGACGCCAUUCCAGAUGGUCACGGUGUGGUAGCGGACUCGUUUCCUGUUGGUGAAUUCACUUUGAAUAACGUCAUCACUGUGGACUUCGGGUGUCGUUCGGCGGAUCGUGCCGGGAUCUACACGGUGAUUCUUCAAUCUGAUUUCAACCAGGAAACCGUCGCAAGAAGCAGUGUAUUUGAAGUGACGCCAAAUGAAAAUUACGGGGUGAGCGUGUCAACGGGAGGAAUCUACCCGAAUUGUUCUGGAGCUGGCCAAGUGCAGCCGAUCAUCGUCCGGGUCACCCAACCACCUUGUGCCAGCGAUGACGACACCGUAAGAGUCCUUGGUCAGACGGAAACAUUCUCCUACACACCCUCUCUAUCUAGCCUCGUACAUAUAAUGGAGAAACGCAUUUUUAAUCCAGAUGAUAGCUUACAGUUUUUCUGCAGUGACUUCAGUGAGAUCUACUCAGGAUUCUGCUUUCAUUAUGUGAGCAUAGCAAGGUCAGGCGCGGUUGAUGACCAAGCAUCGGUCUGCAUACCUCUAGAAUAUGAAGGAGAGCCGGUGGAUGGACGAUGGAGCGAGUGGUCUCAGUGGGGUUCGUGCACGGCGACCUGUGGUCAAGGAGUACGACAUCGAUCGCGGUCGUGUACAGACCCGUCACCAGCAAACGGUGGUGCCGAGUGCACUGGUAACCUACUCAUGACGGAGUUUUGUUCCUUUGGACCUUGCAUAACAGCGCCUGCCUCUGUUACACCCACCACAUUCGGUCCCACGUGCUAUUGCGGCUGUACCGUGACUGGCAAGGAAGGUGGUAUCCAGUCCAACCCUUCAUUCUGUGAGAACCGAACCCUCUUCAAAUGGGUCAUCGUCGCGCCGGAUAACCACAGCAUCCGACUCGAGUUUGUCUCCUUCUAUCUCGCCAUCCAUAGAGAGUAUCUGCGCGUGCGUGAUGGUGAAGAUAGGGAUUCCCCUCUCCUCGCCUACCACACGGGCGUGGCCCUACCGGGACCCGUUUCUACCACUGGGAACUCCAUGUAUAUUGAGUAUAGGGUGGUGAGAGGUGGUAACUUGGAUCAGAUGGGCUUCAGCGCUGUCUUCACCUCGCAAGCGUCUGAUGUGGUUCCUCCUCCACCUCUUCCGGUCGGCAACACCAACGAGUCUCCUGUCGACGUCGGUGCGCUGAACAACACCGCUAUUCUGAUUGCUGGUAUUGUACUGGGCGUCCUCGUUGUCCUCUUCAGCAUCGUCUUCGCUGUACAUGCCCGAUGCAGCCGGAAGUACGAUUACAAGCCGGGAAUGCCUCACGACGACACCGCAGAGACGCAGCUCCGAGGUAUGGGCAUGGGGACAUCGAGUAUCAACUCAUCAUCGACACACCAUAGUCGGCCGUGGGGUGCGGCGCCGAUUGGACGCAGCACGACCUCACAAUCGGAACAGUCUAAUCAGAGCACGAGCAAACGAGGAUGGCCGGAUGGUGAUCGCAGCCAGUUGUAUGUCGUACAUGACGAGAAUGCAAAGUUUUACCGAGAAGCAAGCUUCUCGUCGUCUCAUCGCUCUGCCAAAGAGAAGUUACCAAGUAUACCUAGCCCCUACCACGAGGCUGAGCUUGAGAAAUGGACCAAACGACAUGGCCAUAAAAUCGCAGUACCAUACCAUGCUGGGGAUGUCAGUCGAGGAUCUGCUGGUGAACUUUCCACCAGUAAACAUAGUGGAAGGACAGAUCGUAAUACAACACACCUCGCCAUGAAAUCUCCAGAGGAAUUUGCAAUGACAGGUAUACAUGAGAGUAGGACUAGUAUGUCCAGUUCAAAGAGAAAUAAUUUCCAAGAAACGUCGCACAGCACUCCCCAGAUGCAGGCAAUAGCGAACGUCGAAAAUACUGACAAUACUUCACCUUACGUGAACAAAGAUGGACAGCUUACACCCCUGGGCUUAGCAGUAUCAAAAUUGAACGAUAAUGGUAUGGCUUUCAGAAUACCAGAAGGAGCAGAAAACCCAGAUCAAGAGAAAAGAGAAUAUAAAGAACGUAAACAACAUAGAACUCAUCGACAUAAAGAUAGAUCAGAUUUGAAAAGUCCAAAUUCGACGCAUAGUGAGGGUAAAAAGCACAGAGGAGUUGUGCAUCCGGAAGAUGUUUUGCAAGAAGAAGCUACUCCUGUCGAUAAUGAGCGAAAGCUUCCGGUGGCGCCAAAAAUGGCGUUUUAUUCGGAUGACGAGCCCGAUUGGCGGCCGGCUCCGGAUCAACCCGCAAAAGAAGAAGACAUUCGAGCGGAGACGCUGCCUCGCGAGAAGUCACGAGAGAAAUCUAGCCAUUCAAAAGGCUCCAGCUCUCGAAAGAACGAUCCAAAUCAUCUACGCAAUGGUGCAAUGUCCCCACAUAGAACUUCAAAUGAAGAAGGCAUAGGCUCAGGUCAUAGCUCAACACUGAGAAGUGACAAAUCUGGUUCUUUAGAUCGACAUGGUCGUCAUGAUAGGAGCCGAAAACCACCGGUGUCGGCACGGCAUGGACAUCGAUCCAAAAAGCAUGGAGAAAAACCGGCGGUCCCACCGCGUCCUGAUCCCCACAGAUACGCAAAUCACGUUACAAACUCGCUCGAAAGCACAAAGCAGGAUGCACCCAGUUAUAGCUUGCCAAACGAUCAUCUCCCAUCUUUGUCUGACUACAGCGGUCAGAUGUCUGUUGAACCGUCACCAGUGCGGUUACCGCGUCCGCUCAACCGCAAACAGAACCACGCGCAGCUCACCCAAGUAUUCAUUAGCGACGAGAGUCUGAUUCGGCCGCAGUCGGGAGCCGAGAGCUCGCGAUCAGGUACUUCUCAUCGGCAGCUUCCAGAGACUCCUCCAUAUGGAUUUUCUCCUACAAGACAACAGAGACCAAACACCCAUCGUCACCAGAGUGAUCUCUCCCUCUCCAUCUCACAAGAUGAGCCCGAGUUUGACUAUUACAUUCCCACCGUACCCGGCUCAUUUUUUGAGAAUCCAUAUCCCAUGGGUCCGUCUGAAAGAAAAAUCAACAAAAUGAGUAAACCAAAGUCCCCAUCAGCAUCGCUGAUCUAGACGGUAAAAAACGGUUCCAUACUUCAAAGCAGGGUCGCAGAUUGAUUUGAUUUUAAAGUCACCUCUACGAUCUGUAACAGAAAGGUUUGCGAUGGAAAGCAAACAUGAACUGAUCAAUUCUGACUGUUUCGUUGUCAGUGUUUCGAACAAAAUGCGCGUACUAUAAUGAUUAUGAUUGACCAUUGCCGUUUCUCGUUUACUUGCGAAUCUUUAUGUCACAGAUCCUUGCAAUGUGCACCGUUUCUCAAGAAAGAUGUCAGCAAUAACAAGUAGUCAUUCUCUGACAGUGACCAUAGUCACAUUCAGAGAACUUUGCUCGUCAGCCAAUAUUCUAUACUGUAUUUACCCAAUGCCGAUAUCUUUCAUUUAAUUGUGCCAAGGAUAAGGCACAUUUUGAUACCAUUUUGUCUAGCUAAUUAAAACGAAGUUAUGAUUGCCUGAUAAGCCAAUACCAUGAUCUGUCAUUUCACUCGGCGACAGCUAAAGGUCCUAAGAUAAAUCCAAGUUGACUUUAAAAAGUUUUCGCGAUCAUGUUGAUGCAGAAACUUAAUUAUCAAUUUAAUUUUUAUAAUUUUUCUCGUAUCUGUUUGUUUGUACGAAUAUAAAAAAAGAUUAGUGAGUCAGGGUAACAGAUAUAUUAAGAUAUUUAUUUUCUUUAUGGAACGAAGAUUAAAAAAAAAAACGUGAAGAAGCGAAUUUGUGCUGCUUAAUUUAUAGCACAUGUUGAAAAAGUAGUUUCGUUUAAGAUUAUUAGGGAUCUUACGAUUUCCUCUGGAGAUUUCAUGACGGUAGGUUGGAGAACAACCAGCAACAAAAAAAAAGGACGUCAUAAAGACACACAACUACUGUAAAUUGAUCAUUAUUUUAAUUCCCAUGGAAUCCUUCAUUGCGAUUGGCUGCUGAGCCCUGUUAUCAUGGUAGCUGUCCUCGUACAAUAUUGUAUCUAUUUAGGAAACGGGUCCCAGAUCACAGAACCCAGCCCACUUGCUGAAUUAUGUCCUGAAAAUCGGGAAGACGGAACGCUGUUACCUUCCCGCAUUGGCGGCGGAAGCCAAAAAUUUUAGGGGGGACACGUCCCCCCCGCCCCCCUUCCGCCGCCUAUGCCUUCCCGCAUACCCAAAGGGAGAAUUUCAUUUGAACUGCGUUCUCCAAUUUACCGUCUCUGAACAAAGGUAUACAGUUGUAAAUGGUAAAUCGUUAAGCUUCGCUUGGCAUUCUGCAGUGCGUAUCAAAAAAAAGUUUACACUUAGAAAAGGCCCUGGGAAAAUAUACAACAUGUGGGUAUUUUUUUCACAUAUAAUCUUGGGUUUGGGUCUCAUCUAUCUAAUGAAAGUAAAAGUUUUGACAGAAUGUUACACUUGAGUGAGCACUGUCCAUUUUUGUAGAGCUCGCAUAAAUCUGUUUGCGCAGAAAUGCUCGUUUUCAUGCUGUGUUCAUGCUGGAAAGGGCGAAAUCAAACUUACCCUGCAAAACAUUUCUCAUACAUUUCCUUUGCACUUUUAGUCGAUUGAAAUAAAACGGAUACAUUCAAGCAUUUUGUAACAAUUUUGCCACCCAAAUUGAAAUUUCAACACUUGGUAAGCACAACCUUUACCCUUUUAUGUGCCAGCUGGAUCUGAGGACAUAACUGAAUCUGAACAAAAGUUUAUAUCAGACAUCUUCUGCAUUUUUCACUAAAUUUGUAUCAUUUAAAGUGGGUUUACAUUUAAUUUUUCAUUUGAUACUUGUUUCUCCACACUUUUCCCAAGCUUGAUAAUGAUUAAUAAAAUGAAAAUGAAGCCUAACCCAUUUCAUGUAAAUCACAGCUCAGUGUAAAGCAAAUAUCGCCACGAUGGCAUCGGUGUGUGGGGGAGUGGGGUGGGGCGCAAUGCACUCUUGGAAGUGUUUUGGGCAAGGAAACAACUUUAAAAAGGUAAAAUAUAUCAUCAAAUCAAUUUUACUAGCUAAAUUCUACGUGUUCUUCAUGAUUAAGGUCUACUUUUAUUCGCAUAACUAUUUCCAAGUUCUGCGCAAAUCAUUUUUCACUAAUUUUACAAAAGUAAGUGGUGCUCACUCAAGCGGAAAUAUUUUUCGACAGUUAUAUCGUCAGUUGCUUAAAUGGAUCUGUACCAAUGUUAAAAUGUGGAAAAAUCUUCAGGAUAUUACAAAUAUAUAAUUUUACAGGAUUUUUUCUAAGUGUAAACUUUUUUUGAUACGCACUGUAGUUUUCCGAACAAGAAUUGUGCAUUGUGUUUAUGAAAAAUGUAUUGAGCUGAAAUAUUAAUGAAUAAAGCGUGUAUAUAAACUAUUUUGUUACAGAUUGGUAUUGGAGAAAUUUCAAUCCUAGAAUCUUUGUGGAUUUUUUAUACUUGUAGAUCUAAAGUAGAUGUUGAGAUAUUGAUUGCUAGUACAAACAUGAAAAGAGUACAAGAAUGUAAGAAAUAUGGUGGUUACAUGAUCAUAGUGACGUAUUGCGCCAUUUGGUAACAUUUACCAAAACAUUUCUUCAUACAACAAACACUGACAAAGGAAAACCCAGUUCAAAAACAACUGCGCAGUGCAAAUCCAUGACAGUAAGCGAUUCUUACAGAUCAUCAGCACUCGGGGUUUUAUUGCACUAUUGAGUAAAUACCAUUUUUUAACUUCUGGAACUUCACGAUCCCGACCCCCCCCCCCCCAUAUGGUCUAUGGAUCUAUUUUUAAAAGUCACCCGGUGUUCACUGUGUGGAGGUAUCGUGGUUUAGUUGUACUGACCCUCGCCUUUGAAUCAGAAGGUUGUGUGUCCGCUUCCGUCGCGGCAUACGUGUCCUCAGGCCCGGGUCUUUAGCCAGGCGUCAACAAACUUUGGCAUCCUCUAUGAACACUGAUUUCCUUGCAAAUAGUGAGAUAAAGUGUAUCAGAAAAUUACUUAUCUUUUUCUAUAGUCGACAUGAUCAAAAGUUUACAUCUGAGUAAUUUAUGUCUUGAGCUUUAUUUGGGUUUUCCGUUACAGGUAAAGGUUUAUUUUCUGUAUCAUGAUUAAAUAAUAAUAAUAUAGGAUAUUUAUAUUGCGCACAUAUCCACCUCCUAUAUUACCCGGCUAAGCUAUGCGUUCACAGCGCACACAGUUUCUUGAGGAAUUACUUCCUACCGGUACCCAUUUACCUCACCUGGGUUGAGUGCAGCACAUUGUGGAUCAGUUUCUUGCUGAAGGAAAUUACGCCUUGGCUGGGAUUCGAACCCAUGACCGUCUGUUUCAAAGUCCGGAGACUAAUCCUCUGGACCACAACGCUCCACUCCACAUUAAAAGAUAUAAAGUGGGGGAAUGUUGUUCGAUGAUGAUUUAAAAAUGUCAACCUCAAAGGUUUUAUUGCGGAAUUGCAGCCGUACACCAACGAAAAUAAAAUUCAAACACUAGUUACUAUGUAUCUGCAUGUUAGUACGGAUUAAAACAAAUGACAUGACUCAUAUAUGUAAUGAUUAACGGUCUGCAGUCGUAUUUCAGUUGUCAUUAUCAGUAAAAGGAAGUCACCCCUAUAUAUACCCAUGGACCUACUAGUAGGUCCAUGAUAUACCACACCCCAUAACCAUGAUAACCAUAAACUUAAAUUCAGCUUGAAGAACAAUGACAGUCACAUUCCUCAUAUUCGUUACUACAGUGAAGUAUCGCGGGAUCAAGGAUUUCAGGCCAACAUAUAAAGGAUCCUUAUAGGAAGAAAGGGUUUCUGAAAUGCAGUAUAUGCGCAGGAGAACAUCCAUCUUCUUUUCCCCAUUUUUUUUACCAUGCGACAAUUAGGGGGAAAUUCUGAUAUUUUCAGGUGUAUACCAUGGUGUAAAAAUUGAGAUAUGCCAAUUGACAACAGUUGAAUAGAAAUUAUGUUUCUGGCGCAAAAUUUUCACUUCUGCUGUUUGUUUUGUAAAAUAGAUUUUCUAACAUUUUUUACCUCAAAGAAAAAUAAGCAUGAGAAAAUAAUGGAUUUCCCGGAAUUGUGUCACUAACUAUGCCAAUACGUAUACGUUUUAUAAGCCAUAUAGACCAAUGAAAUUAUCAGAAAAUUUUAUUUUAUGAGAAAUUCACUUUUAGCCGUUAAGUGAACACCCUUUAGACUGUUUAUCCUUUCUACACAGUCAUGUUAUAUGAAAUAUUUAGUUCGUUGUUCACAGUAGUUCCCUGAUUUCUUUAUACACUGAAUAUAGUGAAUUUUAUUUCAAAUGUGCAUUUUGAUUCAUGUGAGUGGUAAUUUACAUUUGCCUUCUUUUUGUAAUGUUCUUGUUAAUACAGUGGUUGUUUUUAAAACGUUGGAAUAUUAUUGUAAAUAUUGUCAGAUUUUAAAACACCGUAUAUGUACAGCAAAAUGCUUGUAAAAAUGCAAGGUCUAUGUAAAGCUCGUAAAACGUUAUGAAAUAUGAUAGCAAGUGAGAUGUAUAUUAUUGAGUUGCUGCCACCGUCGAUUUACUUUAUUUUAUUGUACAUCUGUUAAAAGUUUGUAUACAGAAUGUAUUGCGAUAUGUAUUCAAAUCGAUGAUGGUUGCAUUGUCAAAACAGAAGAAAUAUAUUUGACAUGUUCUCGAGAAA